AAGCAGCGAGAGGGGCUGCGCGAAGCUCGGUGGUGCAACUCCUGCAAAAGGCGUGCGGAAGCUCAAUCCGCGGCAUUUCCACGUGGCAAGUGAUGGAGAAGAGAUCCAGGGAGAGAGAGAGAUGGCCAGGCUGCAAGGUCAGUUAUUUUAAUUUGGGUAUAACUGUAAACUUCUUCUUCUUCUUCCCCUUCUUCUUCUUCUUCUUCUUCUUGAUUUAUUGGUUUGUUGCUUGUAUAGGAUUUUUUUUUUUAAUGCUUGGUGUUUUGUUGUGUUUUAUAUAUGUUGUAAGCCACCCAGAGUGGCUGGGGAAACCCAGCCAGUUGGGUGGGAUAUAAAUUAAAAGUUGUUGUUGCUGUUGUUAUAAAUUAAAAGUUGUUGUUGUUGUUGUAAAAGUUGUUGUUGUUGUUGUUGUUGUUGUUGUUGUUGUUGUUGUUAUAAACUAAAAGUUGUUGUUGUUGUUAUAAAUUACAAAUUGUUGUUUGUUUGUUGUUGUUUUUUAUAUAUAUAAUAUUUAUUAAAGUUUCACAGGGAAAAAAACCAAAAAAACCACAUUAGUAAAGAAAAAGUUAACAAUAAAAAGAAAAAAUACAAAGUAAAAAGAAAAAACAAUUUAAAACAAUUUCAUCUUUUCCUCACUUCUUUUACGUUUACUUGUUUCCCGGACCUCCUCUUACCUCCCUCUUCUGUAUUCUAAUUAAAUAUGUUAAUCCAACAAUUCCUUUCCCUCCUUUUUAAUCCUAAUCUUUAAUCUUGAUAUAAUAUAACUUUAAUUUUUACCUUUUACAUAUUAAAAACCAAUUUUUCCAUAUUUUUUUGUGCCUGUACAGCUAGAAACCACUUAACUUCAAUCCAACAUUGUUGUUGUGCAAUUCUCAAAGGAGGAAUCAGGCCCUGAACUCGGGGGUGUUUCGGUCUGGGGCUCCAUACAUGCCUAAGACACUGCAAAAGGAUCCUGGUGAACUGUGGUUUGUGAAAAGUGCUGGGAACUGUAGCUCCGAGGGGUACACGACAGUUGACAGGAUUUGCACACGUGCUUUAAACGUAUGGCGUGUGUGUUGCUCCAGAGCUUCUGAUUUCUUGAUCCAAAGGACUGGGCUGCCUGUAACUGAUCAGCUUCAGUGGUGCCCUGUGAUCGUAGAAUUGUGGAGUUGGAAGGGACCCCCGGGGUCAUCUAGUCCAACCCCCUGCAAUGCAGGAAGGAUCUUUACAUUUUGCUGUUUACUUCCAAUUUAGGAGCUCCCCAUUCCAGCGCAGGAACCCUGGUCUGCCAGUCUCCUCUUUUAGAAGCAGCUAACACCAGUAACACUUCCUGCCAACCUAGCAGUUCGAAAGCAUGUCAAAGUGCAAGUAGAUCAAUAGGUACCGCUCCGGCGGGAAGGUAAACGGCGUUUCCGUGUGCUGCUCUGGUUCGCUAGAAGCGGCCUAGUCAUGCUGGCCAGAUGACCUGGAAGCUAUAUGCCGGUUCCCUCGGCCAAUAAAGCGAGAUGAAUGCGCAACCCCAGCGUCCUCUGCGACUGGACCUUGGGGUCCCUUUACCUUAACACCAGUAAUCGCUGCCGCUCUCCUGGAAGCGAUGCUUCAUCACUUCAGAAACUUGUAAAAAAAUAUAUCCAUUCCCUCUCGGGCCAGAAGGGGGCGACAGCAGGAAGGUAAUAAUAAUAAUAAUAAUAAUAAUAAUAAUAAUAAUAGAAGAAGAAACACACACAUAUACAGAGGGCAAACCAAGGUUUAAUGUGCUGAAAGAAGACAAUAGGCACACAAAGACAAACCACAGUUCCUCGUGAUUCUUCUGCAGGGGUUAAAUGUGCCUCGGAUGUAUUUGGAGUGCACGCAACUCAGACCAAAAUCCUUGUCUGUGCUCAGGGCAUGAUUCCUCAUUGGCUCUUAGAGCUGAACCUGCUGCUUGGCGAUCUCUCUCCCGAACUGAAUUCCUAGAGCGGAAGGGAAUCAGGAGGGAGGUGGGGAGGACCGCGGAGUCCUCCAGGAGAGAAAGCCCUUCCCUCCCAAGCCCCUUCCUGCCUAGCUUCUCCCUGUGGGGGGGACGAACUGGUCUUUGUCUCUCCCAGCGCUGCAUGGGGGGACCCUUCUGGGAGCCGGUGAGUUGUUGUUCCCCCUUUAUUUUGUGCAUUUGGGCGAAGGGGGGUCCCAGGGCUGCAGGAAGGAGAGGGUGCAAAGGAGACCUGAUCCAUCCAGGAUGCCCCCCAACCAAGGAGGGCAGCCUUUUUCUCUCCCUGUGUGCAAAGGCAGGAGAUGCUAUUUGAAAUAUUGCGGAGAGGGGAGGAUUUAAAGUUGAUCUCGGUGCAAGUGUAUCUCCAAUUGAGCUUUGAUUAGAUUUAGUGGCCCCCUCCCCAUUAAUCAGGCAGUGGCUUCACCAAGGCUCCUGGAGGCACCAUUCAGAGGUGCAACUCCUGUGAGACAGAGAGGAUGAUGUGAGACCGAAUACAAAGCACUGCUGAGAACUAUUGGAGGGCUAAUAAUCAGAGGACUCAAAUGCAGGAGAGAGUCUGACUGAAAGUAAAUAUACCUUUGCAAUGUAUAUUGGAAACCCAGUCAGAUUGGUAGGGUACAAAUAAUAAAAUCAUUGUUGUUAUUAUUAAUGGGAAAGGAGAAGUAAUGGAUUCCCACCGAUUCCCAGCUAUAUUUUGGUUGUUUUAAGGAGUGCUGUAACAAAAAGCCAGGGAAGAAAUCAUCUCCUCAUCCCCCGUGCUGCAAUUGCUACAUCCCACUUUUGCAGCAAAAUACAGAACAACCAAUUUGCCAGCCUUGACAAAUAGCAGCAAAACUGCCUUUCUUUCUGUAUGCUUUGCGUAAUGCUGGUUUAGACGGUGGGCUGCGUAUUUUGUUUUGUAGCUUUCCUUUUAGGAGAGCUAGAGACUCCUGCUGCACUGCUAUAAUCUGGCCCUGGUUCUAGCGAAACUCAUCCAGGCUUGCUUGGAGAAUAUUUUCCCUUUCCUGGCAGUGUAGCAAUCCCGUAACACAACAAUGUCUUUGUUUUGUAGGGGUUGGUAUCAGCUCUAAUUAGGACAGACUGAAAUUGACCUAAGACAGGAAUUCUUUUGGACCUCUUAGAAGCUACCUUGGAGCAGAGAUGGAAGAGCAAAACUCAGCUGGCCCUGAAACAGGAAGAGGCCACAGUACCAUCAAGCCUGGGAGCUCUGGAGUAUUCUGGAAGGUCCUGGGUGAGGAUACCCUCAGUUCAGAUGUGCAGCGGCAGCAGUUCAGAAAUUUCUGCUACCACGAAGCCAAAGGACCCCGAGAGGUUUGCAACCAACUCCAUCAUCUUUGCUGCCAGUGGCUGAAGCCAGAGCAACACACAAAGAAUCAGAUGCUUGACCUGGUCAUCCUGGAGCAGUUCCUGGCUGUCCUCCCCCUGGAGGUGGAGAAAUGGGUGAGGGAAUGUGGAGCGGAGACCAGUUCCCAAGCGGUGGCCCUGGCUGAAGGUUACCUCCUCAGCCAGGCAGAGCACAGGAGGUGGAAACAGCAACAGGUGAGAAUGUUUCACCAUGAUGGUUCCCAAGGCAUUCAGAAUGUGAGGGAGGGUAUCUCAAAAUUCCCAACAUUUUUUGGAAAGCAUCCAAUGAAGGUUGUCCAACAACCUCUGUCCUUCCUCCUCCUCAAUCCCUGUUUCGACGCCUUAUUACUGUUUCAGGGUCAGGAUCUGCUUGCAAAAAUGGGCACUGAUUUCCCUGAGAUGGAGAUGAUUCCAUUGGACAGCAGACAGAGGCCACUAGGUAAGGAUGGUUGGGAUGUAUCUCAGUUUGGUCUCUCUCUGUUGAGUGUGAAAUAAAUCUAGUGACUCUUUUAAUCUUUGGUGGCAGACGAGACUCCCCUGCAGCGUUUUUCACUGCUCCCAAUUUCCCUUAGGUGCUUUUACACAACUGAUACACAGAAUGGGUAUAAACAUAUGUAUUUAUAAAGACCCAUUGGUAGAUAAAUGUUUAUCACAUAACCUCUGAAACAAGGAAGUGCUCCUGGCUCCCCACCACAUUUUUCCCCUCACAGGUGACUGGAUAAUGCUGGCAGAACCUCCUCAGCCAUCUCCUCUUCACAGUGGAGGGGAAGCAGCUUCUGUGGCACUGGAUAAGGUAGGGGUGGCAGGUCAGUGGGGAAAAAGAGGCUGGGGGCAUCUCCUCCUCACCUCCCUAGGCCUGAAUGAAUCUCUCUUUCACUUUGCUUCUUGGAAGCCUGUCCUCAAUAAAGUCUUUGAAGGCCGUUCAGGGAAGGUUUCAAUCAAAAGAAGAAUGAUCAGCCCCCUCAACUUAACUAGGCCUUUGGAUGGAGCUAGAACAGCGGUGUCCAAACUUUUUUCAAAGUGGGCCAGAUUUGAUGACGUGAAGGACCGUGAGGGCCGACCAAAGUUGUUGAGGUUUUUUUAGGAUUAAGUCCCCCAAACGGACUUUGGACAUGCCUGAGCUAGAAUCAUCUGGUUGUAGUAGUACAUUCAUACCUUGGUUCCCGAAUGGCUUAGUUGCUGAACAAAUUGGCUCCUGAACGCUGCAAACCCGGAAGUAAGUGUUUUUCAGUAGCCCAACGUCCAACGUGGCUUCCACUUGAGUGCAGCCAAUCAGAAGCUGUGCCUUGGUUUUUGAACGGUUUUGGGACUCAAACGGACUUCCCGAAUGGAUUAAGUUCGAGAACCAAACUACCACUGUAUUUAUAAAUUCAAAAAAAUGCUUAACACUAAAGUAGAUUUUUAAGAAGCUAACAAAGAAGAAGAGGCAGUUGCACAAAGAUAAAACACCGAUUGUUGAAAUACAUAAUUCUCAUUAAAACCUUACAGUAAACACCCAUAAUUAAAAAGUGCCAAAAAUGGUCCAAUCUGGAAAGGCUUCUUUUUUCUUGUAGAGUCCAGCAUCCUUCGAGGAUGUGGCUGUGCAUUUCACAGAUGAGGAAUGGGCACUGUUGGAUCCUGACCAGAGAGCUCUGCAUACAGAAGUCAUGGAGGAGACCUGUGGGAUCUUUGCCUCUCUUGGUAAGGCUCCCAGUGGCUUGAUAGUAUCUGUUAUGAAUUAUCAGUUGUUAUCCACGAUCAAUUGCUGAUAAAAGUGAUGAAUCCCUAUAUUCUGAUGUGGUUCAACGGUGUCACCUGCAACAUCAGGGAUUCUUUUUUAUAUAUAUAAAUAAUGUUUAUUAAUUUUCAGCUCCAAAAAACCCAAAUAUAUGCCACAUUGCAUCAAUGCCAAAUUACAAUUGCAAUUCAAUUAUAAUUAAACAGCCAAUCACAUAUACAUUUUUUGUAUGACUUCCCGCAUGUUAGAUUUCAGGGUGCAGUAUUUUUGUUUUCAUUUUGCUUACAAAGGGUUAUUUAAUCCAAUUGCAUUUAUUCUUAAUCAUAGUCCCUUAUCCACAGCUACAAUGUUUUUAACUUCCAUUCGUAUUGAAACAUUAAUAAUUUAUAUUUCUGCAAGAAACGUUCUGUAAUCUUUCUAUUUCCUGUGCGUGAGGUUUGUUUUAUAUUUAUAUUAAUUUAUUUUGUUUUGCCCAUAUUGUUUCUUCAUUCUAUUUAGUCUUCGUCCUGCGCAGCUCAGCCACUUCCGGUCUUCCCUAACAAUGAAGGCAGCAAACCGCUUAGCAAAUCGGGAAAUGGGGACGAUGCAAUGCCCAAUCGCGAUGACAACACUUUUGUCUCAAAAACAUGAGGCUGUAAUUGCCAUACACCAUCUUUAUUUCAUUCCAGGAACAGAGAUAGUCUGGUGCCCUGCCAAGGCAUCGGCAAGCCCCCAUUUUCUCUCCUUUAAUCAUAUGCAGUAAUGAUCUGGCAUUCCGCCAAGCCUUGGCAAGUCUUCAAAGACCCCUCUGAGGUAGCGAUGCUGUGAGAAAUAAAUCCUUUCGAAUGAUUUGAAUCCAUAUCCAUUUUCACACACAGUUCAAUUUUGCACUGUCAACCAUAAAUAAACUCCCAUUUUCUUUUAUCUUUUCCUACCUUCCGUUAUUUUUUUAGCAGUCAGGGUGAGUUUGCCAAAUCAUUUAUGUAACAAACAAGAUAUAUAUAGAACGGGUAAAGGCUCUCCCCCACCCCCCGCACAUACCAUCUUUUACAACAAAGGAAAUUUUUCUUUCCAGUUCAAAUAUUUACGUCAUAGAAUCAUAGAGUUGGAAGAGGCCACAAGGGCCAUCGAGUCCAACCCCCUGCCAAGCAGGAAACACCAUCAGAGCACUCCUGACAUAUGGUUGUCAAGCCUCUGCUUAAAGACCUCCAAAGAAGGAGACUCCACCACACUCCUUGGCAGCAAAUUCCACUGUCGAACAGCUCUUACGUCCUUGUAGUCAUUUCAUUUUAGCAGAUGGUAAUCUUGUCCUAUCCAUCCAAGUACACGUCUGUAAAUUAGUCUGAAUUUUACUCUAAUAAACAGAAGAGCCUCUGCAUAUUGAUGGCUGCAUCAGAGGAUUACCGAUAGGCGAAGUGCUUUUUGCACCCAGUGUCUCCCUGCUCCCGCAUUCCAUAUAGGAGCGAAAGUCAGAUAUCAAGACAAUCUCCAAGUGAAGCUCACUUCCCCUGUGCCUUGGGGGGAGCUUACAAGGACAAUUAUCCUCAAAUCAUCUUUGUUUAUCCUUCGCAAACAAUCUCCACUAAUGUGGGAGCGGCAGCCAUUAAGGCAAAUGAGCACUGGAAGUGAGAACAUCAGGGAUUCUAACCCUUUCUAGGAUCUUUCCUGUUUUUGAUGUCAUGCAGACAAGAUUUAGGAUUAAGAAGUGUGACUCAUGUUUUUAAAAGUAUUGCAUGUUAAUAUAUCAUAAGCGUAAAUGUCCCCAACAAAGAUUAAUUAACUAGGUUGCUGUAUACACAAGUUGGUCUAGUGCUUCUCCUAAUUAGAGUUGAGAACUUACUAAAACCUUCCAAAAUGCAUAUUAUUUGGGAGUGUAAGAUGUGCCCCCCCAUCUAAGUCCCUUCAGUUUUUCCUUAGCUGUCAAACGUUAAUUGCAUUUUUUCAUAAUGCGAGGCUCCAUUUAUUACUAAGGCUCUAAUCAGUUUCUGUCUUCAUUUUAGAUCGUGGAGAAUUGGAAAGCAGAAAUAAGAGAAACUGCUAUGAAAUCUAUACAGUGGGGGAGCCAUAUAAAUAUUGGGAGUGUGGAGAGAGCUUCAGUCAGAGCUCCCUUCAAAUAAUUCAUACAGGGGAGAAACAAUUUCAGUGCUUGGAAUGUGGAAAGAACUUCAUUCGGAGCGAUCAUCUCACUUCCCAUCAAAGAAUUCACACAGGUGAGAGACCAUAUCAAUGCUUGGAAUGUGGAAAGAGCUUCCGGUUGAAACAUAAUCUCACUUCCCACCAAAGAAUUCAUACCGGGAGGAAACCGUACCAGUGCUUAGAAUGUGGAGAGAGCUUCCGUUGGAAGAGAAGUCUCACUUCCCAUCAAGGAAUUCAUACAGGGGAGAAACCAUACGAAUGUUUAGAAUGUGGAAAAAGCUUCAGUCGGAGACACCAUCUCACUUCCCACCAAAUGAUUCACAGUGGGGAGAAGCCCUAUCAGUGCUUGGAAUGUGGGAAAUGCUUCAGCCAGAGUUCACACCUCACGACCCAUCAAAUAAUUCACAGCAAGGAGAAACCAUUUCACUGCUUGGAAUGUGGAAAGAACUUCAGUCGGAGCAGCCAUCUCAUCCUCCAUCAAAUGAUUCAUACAGGAGAGAAACCAUAUCAGUGCUUGGAAUGUGGAAAGAGCUUCCGAUGGAAGGAAAGCCUCACUUCCCAUCAAAGAAUUCACACCGGGGAGAAGCCAUAUCAGUGCUUGGAAUGUGGAAAGUGCUUCAGUCGGAGCAGCAGUCUGUGUUACCAUCAAAGAAUUCACACAGGGGAGAAGCCAUAUCAGUGUUUGGAGUGUGGGAAGAAUUUCAGUCAGACCUCCCAUCUGUAUUCCCAUCAAAGGAUUCACACAGAGGAGAAACAAUUUCAGUGCUUGGAAUGUGGUAAAACCUUCAACUUUAAGAAAAACCUCACUUCCCAUCAAAGAAUUCACACAGGGCAGAAACAGUAUAAAUGCUUGGAAUGUGGAAAGUGCUUCAAAGACAGUGAGAGUCUCAGUUCCCAUCAAAAAAGUCAUACAGGGGAGAAACCAUAAAAUCAGUGACAACUGAGGGUCACUGGUGCGGCUUGGCUACUUAAGAGGUCACAGUGGCACUGCUAACCUGUUUCUCCCCUUUCUUCCUUGCAAAGUUACUUAAGCAUUGCAGUUGAACAAAUACUGUGCAUCUAACAAACUGGAAACUGGUUCAGAAAGACUGGUCUCUGCCAUCACUGCUGAUUCACUGCUAGGACAAAGGUUGUCUUGCCUCUACCUGUACUGUUUCUAUGCCUGUUGCCUUCCUCUGCAAAGAAAGAGUGGACAUGUAAAGAUUUCAGUUGUAUAAAUGCUCAGCAGCUAACUAAAGUAUUUUACCUUGGUUCAGAAUCGCUGUCAGAAUUCCUGGAGUUGGUUCAUGCCACGAUAGUAUUGAUGUAUGUACAUUGAUAGGUAGUCUACAUGUGAAGGGGACGCGGGUGGCGCUGUGGGUUAAACCACAGAGCCCAGGAAUUGCCGAUCAGAAGGUCGGCGAUUCGAAUCCCUGUGACGGGGUGAGCUCCCGUUGCUCCGUCCCUGCUCCUGCCAACCUAGCAGUUUGAAAGCACAUCAAAGUGCAAAUAGAUAAAUAGGUACCACUCCGGCGGGAAGGUAAACGGCGUUUCCGUGCACUUCUCUGGUUUGCCAGAAGUGACUUAGUCAUGCUGGCCACAUGACCCGGAAGCUGUACGCCGGCUCCCUCGGCCUAUAAAGCGAGGUGAGCGCCGCAACUGCAGAGUUGGCCGCGACUGGACCUGAUGGCCAGGGGUUCCUUUACCUUUAAUACAUGUGAAGAGAUUUCAAAAGUGUGUGUGAAAGGAUAUUGUUAGGAGACCAGUAAUAUAAAGCAGACAUGAUGCCUCCAGUUCUGAUAAUGCAGGCAUGUUUUUAGUCCGGUGGACUCUGUUGGGGUAGCUGGGCAUAGGAAGGGGUUCCUCCGCGAAUAUCAAACACAAGGUGAUCACAAGUGCAAGGUGAAAUGAACCAGUUACGGUGGUAACAGCUUGGAGGCCUCACUAUAUCUGUGAUUAAUGUAUGUCAACUCGUUCAGUUGUACAGUGGUCAUAGAAUCAUGGAAUCAUAGAGUUGGAAGAGACCACAAGGGCCAUCGAGUCCAACCCCCUGCCAAGCAGGAAACACCAUCAGAGCACUCCUGACAUAUGGUUGUCAAGCCUCUGCUUAAAGACCUCCAAAGAAGGAGACUCCACCACACUCCUUGGCAGCAAAUUCCACUGUCGAACAGCUCUUACUGUCAGGAAGUUCUUCCUAAUGUUUAGGUGGAAUCUUCUUUCUUGUAGUUUGGAUCCAUUGCUCCGUGUCCACUUCUCUGGAGCAGCAGAAAACAACCUUUCUCCCUCCUCUAUGUGACAUCAUUUUAUAUAUUUGAACAUGGCUAUCAUAUCACCCCUUAACCUCCUCUUCUCCAGACUAAACAUGCCCAGCUCCCUUAGCCGUUCCUCAUAAGGCAUCGUUUCCAGGCCUUUGACCAUUUUGGUUGCCCUCCUCUGGACACGUUCCAGUUUGUCAGUGUCCUUCUUGAACUGUGGUGCCCAGAACUGGACACAGUACUCCAGGUGAGGUGUUGUAUCUUGGUUAGUUGGUGUUUGUUAGAGCAACAGUGAUACCUUGUCUCUGUAUAUACUUGCAUCUGAAAAGCCUACAAACUGGAACUUACUUUUCCAUGCUUAAAUUGUCCCAGAGCUAUUUGCUGAACCUAUUACUUUUACAACAUUAAAAGAUUUGGACCUUACUCUGCUUCUGUGUGGUGAGUGGUGCCUCAAGCAAGAUCCACACUUCCACAUCAGAUUCACAACAGCCUCCAGUCUGUGGGUUCCCCAGCUGCUACUGUUAUUCUGACGGAAUAAAAGCUGUCUUAAAACAUUGGAGUGGUUAAUUGGAGAAAAAUCCACUUCAAAUUGGCAUAUCUCUGCACAUUGGCAGCCAUCCCAUUACUUGAACUAUUGUUUAAAGGGACAUACUAGACUACUGAACUUGGAAGCUUGGGGGCUGCUGUUCCUCUUAAGUAGGCACCAGAGAAAGAAAGCAUCUUAUUGAUUCUAUUAAAAACAUCAGAAGCCCUUCUUCGCACGCCUACUCCAUGAGAGGUCCAGAUGGUGAAAACAUAAGAAUGGGCAUUUUAUGUGGUGGCUCCCUGUUUGUGGAAUGCUCUUCCCAAGGAGGAUCGCUUGGCGCCUUUUAGGGUUGCCAUAUGUCCUCUUUUUCCAGGAUGCGUCCUCUUUUUCAUGGGUAUGUAAAAUGAGAGUCGUCAUAGAGAUCUACAGUUAAAAGUAGAAGUCGGCAAAUGUGUCCUCUUUCUUGAUCUUCAAAAUAUGGCAACCCUAGAGCCUUAAUUACAUAUCUUUAAGCUCCUGGCGAAAAUGUUUCUCUUCAAUCAGGCUAACGGUCUAUGGUCUUUUAAAUGUGUUUGUGUGAGGGGGAUAAUUUUGUUUUCAUUAAGUGUUUUGUGUUCUCAUUUUGUAUUUUUAUGUUGUGAACCAGUCUGUGACCUUCUGAUGAAGAGUUGUAUACAAAUUUAAUAAACAAUAGUGAUAACAACAACAACAACAAUAAUAAUAAUAAUACUGUGCCGUGGUCUUUGGAUAAAGGGCAGUAUACUAAAUGAAUGAAUGAAUGAAUAAAAUAAAUCUUCAAACCCUUCCCAAGGGACUAUCACAGAGAAGAAUGAAUAAAUUUAUAUUUGGAGCAUACACUUUAUUUAAUACUGAACUGUUAAGUUGUUGGCAAAAAAACCAGACUAGCAUCUGAGGUAGUAUCUAUAUUCACGGGCAAACUAUAACUAAGCUACAAAUAUUUUACAGAAAAAUUUAUUCAACUGAGUGUAUUUCAGGAGCUCCUUAAGCCAAUAUAUUGAAAACUUAAAAAAAGAGAGGCAGCAACUCCUUUUCCAUAGCUAAAAGAGAAACCCCAAGAAACUAGAAAAAGGACAAGCACAUCUUGCAGUUUUAUCUGGCAGGGUAAUUCCAAUUCAUUCCUCUAGAACCUAUCAAACUAAUGAAGCAAUUUAAAUUAUUUAGUUAUUUCAAAACUAGAUAUUUAGAAGGAACAGCUGCCCCUGUAAAUUCUUCCACAUACAGGGGCCUGUACAUCUAGGCCUUAUCGCUAGCAGGGGAAGUGGGGAACAUUUUGAAUCCUCAUGAACAAAACUCCAAAAGGGGAUUAGUGUUUAUACAUUUAUUUGACUGUGGUUGUGCAGAGGCUGUUGCCUUGGAAUAAUAAUAAUAUUGAUUAUUUAUACCCCGCCUAUCUGGCUGGGCUUCCCCAGCCACUCUGGGCAGCUUCCAACAAAAAUUAAAAUACAAUAAUUCAUCAAACUUUAAAAGCUUCCCUAAACAGGGCUGCCUUCAGAUGUCUUCUAAAAGUCAGAUGGUUCUUUAUUUCAUUGACAUCUGAUGGGAGGGCUUUCCACAGGGAGGGAGCCACCACUGAGAAGGCCCUCUGCCUGGUUCCCUGUAACUUCGCUUCUCGCAGUGAGAGAACUGCCAGAAGGCCCUCGGAGCUGGACCUCAGUGUCUAGGCAGAACAAUGGGGGUGAAGACACUCCUUCAGGUACACUGGGGAAAAUCCCCUGACCCUCCAAGGCCUUGAGAGAGGGGGGCAAGAGAGAAUUGUUUGGAUCCUGCAAUUCUAGUGCUUUUCUGGAAGAGAGGGGAAGGGAAAAGGUGGAGAAAAUCCACUAGAUCGGGGUUUCCAAAAACUUGGGUUUCCAUCUGUUUUCUUUCGGACUACAAUCCCCAUCAACCCUGACCGCUGGUCCUGUUAGCUAGGCAUGAUGGGAGUUGUAGUCCAAAAACAGAUGGAGACCCAUGUUUUUUGGGGGGGAAGCUGCUGUCAUGAGCUCGUCCUACACUCGAGUAGGACCCUGGCAGAGACACAUGCCCGACUGGCAUGUUCUCUCCCUCCUGGUUGUUUGUUUGGAAGCUUCAAAAGCUUGCUUCUGCCCGAACAUCACAUCGGUACACUUAGGCAUCCGCAGAGUUUGCGCAGUCCGCGUAACAGAACUCAGUAACUCAGCAUUUUGGCUAAUCUACUUUAUUUACAUAUUAACACACACGGAGCACUGAAACAUGACUCCCUCUCGCUACAGUCAGACAGCAAAGAGAGAGAACAAAGGACAAUAGUCCCACUUCACAGAACACAGUAACACAAACAUCCUGUCUCCCUCACUUCCCACCCUGUGGAGUCAAAACAUAUAUCGUCAUGUGAUAGACAAAAUUCCCAUGACUGCAAUCAUGGAGCAGGAAUUCUAACAGCUGCUCUGGAGGACUGAGGAGAAGUGCCCAAAGAGAAACAACUGGGGAAUUGUUAAGAUUCCCCACCAGACAUCUCGCUAUCUUCCCCCUUAGCAAGUCCGAUAGCUGGCUCCACGAUGACAGGAGAAGAGCAGCUGCCCUGCCUCUGUAUUACAGACAGCCCUUCUCGCCUUUUUGGCUUUGUAAGGGUUAAAGCGAACCAAAUUACAUUCCUAGAGAGGAAGGGGACCAGGAGGGGAGGAGUGCAGAGUCCUCCUGGAGAGAAAGCCCUUCCCUCCCAAGCCCCUUCCUGCCUAGCUUCUCCCUGUGGGGGGGACGAACUGGUCUUUGUCUCUCCCAGCGCUGCAUGGGGGGAUCCUUCUGGGAGCCGGUGAGUUGUUCCCCCCUUAUUUUGUGCAUUUGGGCGAAGGGGAGUCCCAGGGCUGCAGGAAGGAGGGUGCAAAGGGGACCUGAUCAUCCAAGAUGCUCCUCCAAACAGGGAGGGCAGCCUUUUUCUCUCCCUCUGUGCAAAAGCAGGAGAUGCUAUUUGAAAUAUUGCGGGGAGGGGAGGAUUAAAAGUUGCUCCCGGUACAAGUGUAUCUCCAGUUGAAUUUGAAUUUGAAUUAACAUCCCCUCCCCGUUAAUCAGGCAGAGGUGUUACCAAGGCUUCUGGUUGGCAGACGUGUGCCCAUUCGGAUGUGUGCAACUCCUGAAUGAUGGAGAGGAUCAUUUGGGAGUGAAUACAAAGCACUGCUGAGAACCAUUGGAGGUUUAAUAAUCAGAGGAAUCAGUUGAAGGAGAGAGUAUUUAAAUGUCCUUUUAAAAAAAUAAAUAAAUUUAAAUUCAAAAUUGAAUGGCUGUAACACAAAGCAUCUCCCCAUCCUUAGUGCUACGUACCACGCAGAUAUUUUGCACUAAAAGUGAGAACACCCACCAGUUUGCCAAACUUGAAAAAGAGCAUCACGUAUUGUUUCUGUGCAGUUUCACAUUUCAAACCUACUUUACUCCGGCUUCAUUUUGCUCAUUAACUGCCUUGGUCCAGUCACUAAUGCUCUGCUCAACCUACCUCACAUUGCUAUUGCCAGUUGUCAAUCACAGCUCUGACAGUCCCUCAUUGUUUUCAAAUGUGUGGGAAAAGGGGAGGAGUCAGGCUGACGUCUCUGACAUCGUAAUAAUACGGAGCCUGUUUCAUAUCACAGGGCGAGAAGGGGAAGUGAAGAGGCUGUGAGAUCCAUCUGUAAGGACGCUGAGAUCCAGUAGUAAUUCUUGGCCUACGUUUUGAGAAAUGCUGGGAUAGAAGGUAGUCUGCAUAUAUUUGCUUUUUAAGUUUCCUUCUAGGAGAGCUGGAGACUCCUACUGCACCACUAUAAUCUGGCCCUGGUUCUAGCAAAACUCACCCAGGCCUGCUCGGAGAAUAUUUUCCCUUUCCUGACAGUGUAGCAAUCCCGUAGCACAACAGUGUCUUUGUUUUGUAGGGGUUGGCAUCACUUCUAAUUAGGACAGACUGAAAUUGACAGAAGACCAAGGAACUCCUUUGGACAUCUUGGAGGCUUUCUUGGGGCACAGAUGGAUGAGCAAAACUCAGCUGGCCCUGAAGCAGGAAGAGGCCGCAGUGCCAUCAAACCAGGGAACUCGGAAGUAUUCUGGAAAACCUCAGUGCAGGAGGACCUAGGUGAGGAUACCCUCAGUUCUGAUGUGCAGCGACAGCAGUUCAGACAUUUCUGCUACCACAGAGCCAAAGGACCCCGAGAGGUUUGCAACCAACUCCACCAUCUUUGCCGCCAGUGGCUGAAGCCAGAGCAACACACAAAGAAUCAGAUGCUUGACCUGGUCAUCCUGGAGCAGUUCCUGGCUGUCCUCCCCCCGGAGAUGCAGAGCUGGGUAAGGGAGUGUGGGGCAGAGACCAGCUCCCAGGCGGUGGCCCUGGCUGAAGGUUUUCUCCUGAGCCAGGCAGAGGACAGGAAGCGGGAACAGCAACAGGUGAGAGUGUUUCACCGUGAUGGUUCCCAAGGCAUUCAGAAUGUGAGGGAGGGUAUCUCAAAAUUCUCUGCUACUAUCCCAACAUUUGGGGGGGGGGAAGCAUCCAAUGAAGGUUGUCCAACAACCUCUGUCCUUCCUCCUCCUCAAUCCCUGUUUCGACGCCUUAUUACUGUUUCAGGGUCAGGAUCUGCUUGCAAAAAUGGACACUGAUUUCCCUGAGAUGGAGAUGAUUCCAUUGGACAGCAGACAGAGGCCACUAGGUAAGGAUGGUUGGGAUGUAUCUCAGUUUGGUUUCCCUCUGCUGAGUGUGAAAUAAAUCUAGGCUUUUUUAAUCUUUGGCGGCAGAUGAGACUUCCCUGCAGUCUUUUUCACUGCUCCCAAUUUCCCUUAGAUGUUUUUACACAGCUGAUACUGUAUAUAGAAUGUAUAUAUUUGUAAAUGCUCAAAAUACUUUUUAAAAGGCCCAUUGGUAGCUAAAUGUACUUAACUCCUGAAACAAGGAAGUGCUCCUGGCUACCCACCACAUUUUUUUUCCUCGCAGGUGACUGGAUAAUGCUGGCAGAACCUCCUCAGCCAUCUCCUCUUCACAGUGGAAGGGAAGCAGCUUCUGUGGCACUGGAACAGGUAGAUCAGUGGGGGAAAAGAGGCUGGGGGCAUCCAACAUACCGUAUUUUUCACUCUAUAAGACGCUCCAGACCACAAGACGCACCUAGUUUUUGGAGGAGGAAAACAAGAAAAAAAAUAUUCUGAAUCCCAGAAGCCAGAACAGCAAGAGGGAUCACUGCACAGCGAAAGCAGUGAUCCCUCUUGCUGUUCUGACUUCUAGGAUAGCUGCGCAGCCUGCAUUCGCUCCAUAAGACGCACACACAUUUCCCCUUACUUAUUAGGAGGGAAAAAGUGAGUCUUAUAGAGCAAAAAAUACGGUAUUUCUGUCUCCUCCUAACCUCCCUGGGCCCGAAUACACAGUUCUAUUAAAACCUUAAAAUAAACACCUGUCAUUAAAAAGUGCAACACGAUGAUCCAGUCAGGAAAGGCUUCUUUUUUUCUUUUAGGGUCCCGCAUCCUUCGAGGAUGUGGCUGUGCAUUUCAUGGACGAGGAAUGGGCGCUGCUGGAUCCUGACCAGAGAGCUCUACAUACGGAAGUCAUGGAGGAGACCUGUGGGAUCCUGGCCUUACUUGGUGAGGCUCUCAGUGGCUUGAUAAUAUCUGUUGUGAAUUAUGAAUUUUUAUCCACGAUCAAUUGCAGAUAAAUUUGAUGAACCCUUAUAUUCUGAUGUAGUUCAGCAGUCGCCUACAACAGCUGGGAUUCAGACUCCCUGUAGUUAACAUUGAAUGGGCAUCUGUGCACUGUAUUGCCUUUCAAGAUGCAUCCUCCAGUUAUGCCCAUUUAAGCAAUUGCCUGACUGGUUUUUACUGCCCUGGUAGUAAGCUGGAUCUGGCCUGCAGACCCUGUGAGUCAACCAGCACCCCUACACAUCGGCCAACUUGGAUAGGUGGGCAGGGAUGACCAUCUGUCAGUCACUUACCAUUGUUAUGACAUGAUGUGACAAUUUGAAAGGAGCAAACAACCCCCCCUUGAUGGCCAACUGUCAACAUAAGUCUGCAGAUCUGGAUGGAGAAUGAAUUAUCAGGAUGGAGAAUGCAGCUGAUCCCAGUGGGGUGAUCAGCUGAUAGCUAGGGAAGUCACUGACAGUGAAUGUUGGGGCCUAAGUUUUUAUUUAAACAUGUUGGUGUCUUUCCAUUGUUCUUGAGACACACAACAUAAAGAUCUUUUCUUUGCAAAAGAGGAAUGAGUUGAAAGGUUCCCUGAGGGUCAUCUAAUCCAACCCCUGCAAUGCAGGAAUCUCCACUAAAGCAACCAUGACAGAUGGCCAUUCAUCAUCUGCUUAAACUCUUCCAACAAAUAAUAGGGACUCUGUUCAACUUUCCAGCAGCUCUUACCUUUGGAAAAUUAUUCCUGAUGGUUUUUUUUUACUGUUUUUAUUAAAAAAAAUUCUAGAAGGCUUUGGAAGAAGAAAGGUAGGGAGAGAGCAGGGGAGAGAGAAGGGGGGUAGUAAAUUGAAAAUUAUUCCUCAUGUUUAGUUAGAAUCUCCUUUCUUGUAACUUGAAUCCACUGGUCUGGGUAAUACCUUCUGGAGCAGGAGAAAACAAGCUUGCUCAGUCUUCUAUGUGACAGCCCUUGAGAUAUUUAAAGGCUCUCAUACCUCCUCUCAACUGUUCCUCACAAGGCUUGAAAAAUUGCAUUUUUACAUAAUUUGAGACUCCAUUUCCUCCAAAGGCUCUAAUCAGUUUCUGUCUUCAUUGCAGAAGGUGGUGAAUUGGAAAGCAAGACUAAGGGAGACUACUACAAAAUCUAUACAGUAGGGGCGCCAUGUAAAUAUUGGGAGUGUGGACAAAGUUUCUGCCAGAGCUCCCUUCAAGGAAUUCAUAAAGGGGAGAAACAAUAUCAGUGCUUGGAAUGUGGAAAAACCUUCAGUCGGAGUGACCAUCUCACUUCCCAUCAAAUAAUUCAUACAGGCAACAGACCAUAUCAAUGUUUGGAAUGUGGAAAAAGCUUUAGUUUGAAACAUAAUCUCACUUCCCACCAAAGAAUUCAUACAGGGAGGAAACCAUAUCAGUGCUUGGAGUGUGGGGAGAGCUUCCGCUGGAAGAAAAGUCUCACUUCCCAUCAAGGAAUUCAUACAGGAGAGAAGCCAUAUGAAUGCUUAGAAUGUGGAAAGAGCUUCAUCCAGAAGGAAACUCUCACUUCUCACCUAAAAAUUCAUACAGGGGAGAAACCGUAUCAGUGCUUAGAAUGUGGAAAGUGUUUCAGUCGGAGAGAUCAUCUCACCUCUCACCAAAUGAUUCACAGUGGGGAGAAGCCCUAUCACUGCUUGGAAUGUGGAAAGAACUUCAGUCAGAGUUCACAUCUCAUGACCCAUCAAAGAAUUCACAGCAAGGAGAAACCAUUUCACUGCUUGGAAUGUGGAAAGAGCUUCAGUCGGAGCAGCCAUCUCAUGUCCCAUCAGAUGAUUCAUACAGGAGAGAAACCAUAUCAGUGCUUGGAAUGUGGGAAGAGCUUCCGCUGGAAGGAAAGCCUCACUUCCCAUCAAAGAAUUCAUGUAGGAGAGAAACCAUAGAAGCUGUAGAAGCUGGGGGUCAGUGGACCUGGCAGGGCUGCUAAGAAGUCACAGAGGUGUGCUGCAAAUAGCCAUUGACAGCCUCCGCCAUGAAUUUAUCCAAUCCCCUUUUACAAACAUAUGAGUUGAUGGCUUUCAAUACUUCUUGUGGGUAGGGGUGAAUUCCACAGUUUAAAUGUGUCCUUCAUCGGCCUUCCUGCUGUUUUGAACAUCUGUGUGUCCUUGAAGGAAAGGAGGGCAGCUGGUGAGUAGUGGUGGGGGCAUGGUAGUUUUAGGCCUGGAGUGCAAUGGUUACCUCCCAAGAUCCUGCCACCACCAGACAUAUGAUUAGGAAUCCCUAACAGUAAAUAUUGACUAAACCAGGGAUAAGGGACCUGUGGCCCUCUAGCUGCUGUUGAGUAUGGACAUGUGGGGUGGGGGGAUAGAGGGGGAAGAAAAUGCAACACAAUUGAUGUAAUACUCUUGUCUGUCUAAAAAGGGCAGUGUAAGAACAUUAAUUCAGGGGUCUAACAUUACCUGUCUGCUGCUUUGGUUCCCUGGCUUGCACCAGGAAGAUAUGUGGCAUCACAUGGCGGGACAGAGGCUCAAACAAAGAUGUGCUCUCCCAGGCCCACAUUCCCAGCAUGCGUGCACUCCUGUGUCAGCGACGACUACCCUGGCUUGGUCAUGUCUGCAUAAUGGAAGAUGUCAGGAUCCCCAAGGACAUGCUCUGUGGGCCUGUUGGCAGACCAACUCUGUGUUACAGAGACGUCUGCAAACGUGACAAGAAGGCUGGCAACAUUAACCCUGCAUGUGGGAUAGCCUAGAGAUAGUCAGGUUGUGUAUUCACAGCAGUGACCCUAAACAUCCAUCACAGCCAAAGUCACCCACAACCCAGUCUAUCUCCUAGGGACAAUCUGCCUUGGUAUCCCAAAUCUCCUCUAGUUGUAAUCCUCAAUGCUUGGACAGUUUGGCCAACUGUCACAAACACGCUUGGGUCACCUUCCUCUGGUACAGGCAUGUACCAGAGGAUUUAAAUUAAUUUUUAUAAUGAAAAGUUUUUAGAAUGUUGCAUUAUUUUAUUGUUGUUAGCCGCCCUGAGCCCGGCUUCAGCUGGGGAGGGCGGCAUAUAAAUAAUUUAUUAUUAUUAUUAUUAUUAUUAUUAUUAUUAUUAUUAUUAUUAUAUCUGUUUCAGGGGCCUAAUCCUGCCUGCCGGUCGAUUUAAUCCGGCCCCCAUGGCAGUAUAUGUCCUGGGUUAAAAAAAGCUCAGCAACUUUGGUUGGCCCUCAUCAAAUCUGGCCCUCUUACACAGGGCAGCCUCUCACACUAGCUUAGUCCCCAGCUCCCUUCUCCUGAUUUUCCACAUAUUAACAUAUUGUGUAUUAAUAUUUAGGCCUUAGCCAUUCUCCUCAGCUUUUCUCUCUGGUCUAUUCCUCACACUUUCCUUAUCAACUCCCUAUCUCCCAGCUGAACUCCCCCCAACGGACUAAACGCUGAUAGUCAGCUUCCAACUGACAGGAACCUCCAACCAAUCAGAUUCUGCUGACACCCAAACCAAUCAGACUGAAUUCUCAAAAGCAAUCCUCUCUCAGAACCUGCCAUGGAAAACUACUGCUGUGCAGGCUUUGCAGCAUCAUAACAACACAAGGCCUCAAACCUUUAGUCACAGAAUAUUUUCCCCUUCAAAACAGAAACGUAAACUAAUAUAUAAAUGGCAAUUGCCAACAAACGUAGUAAAAUUAUUUAGGUAUAUAAGUAAAUAAAGAAUUUUGUAAUUAUGUAAUAUAUCCUUGCUCAAUGCCUUUAAAAAUAUUUAAUAUAUACUCCACCUUUCCUCCAAGGAGCUCAAGGUGGUGUAUAUACUUCUCAUGAACUAUCCAUAAACAGUGCCUCACUCUUAUUUGGAUUAAGAUUCGCUUUUUGGCUCUCACCUGGUCUGUCCAUUCCCAAGACCAGACCAAAAAAAUGCUCAGCGUGUGGGCCUCCUCAUGUACUGUACAGGAAACGCCUUCAGAUUAUAAUACAUAUUCAAAUGUAUUCAUAUAAAAUGUGAAGUUUGGGCAGUGACUGGGCCAAGGUCACCCAGUGAGCUUCGUGGCUGAAUAGGGAUUUGAACCCUGGUCUCCCAUGUCCUUGUCCAACCCUCCACAACACAAUAAGUACAUAAAGAAUAAAGGUUUUGGCCUGGUGGAAAAGGUGAGGUAUGAGCUGGGGUAUUGUUUAUUUUUUUGUCGCUGUUAUUUAUAAUAAUUGUAUUUUUUUAGAUCUUACGUGGAAAUUGUUCAGUUUUGUUGUGUGCCUUUUGAUGUCCUUUAUUUAACCAUAACGACUUCUUUUAUUACAUUUGCAGUUAUGUACAUCUUUUCAUGUUUAAUGUUUAAUUAUGUAUCUGUAUUUUGUAUAUGCUGGAAGCCGCCCAGAGUGUCUGGGGCAGCCCAGUCAGAUGGGCGAGAUACGAACAAUAAAACUGAAAGCAACAC